GUGCAACACUGCUAGGCAACACUUUCCAGCCCUGGAAAAAUACCAAACAUCUACCAUCUCUCUAAAAACGAAAACAUAAACGCUUACCAAGAAAUAAUAGAUUUUCUAUACUAAAUUAAAAUAAACUUAUAAAUCUUUCCAACCGUAAUUCCUUGGCAAUUUCCACGUACACGAGUGUGGCCAAAUAAUUCCACGACAUUUACGGGUGUUGAUGUUAAGUAAACACGGUACGGAGCUUUUUAUGCUAGCGAAGAUCAGUUGAAUUGGUUGUCCACGACUGCAACGCUGUCACUGCAAGCCGAGCAGAACGCCCAAGUACCCGGUAAGACUAAGCCGCAGCCGAUGCCGCAUUCAUCCGCAUGCUGAAACUGCAACUGAAUCGAAAUCGAAAUAGGAAUAGGAAUCGAAAUCGGAAUCUUUAACUGACACUCACUCUUGAUCUGCAACUGAAUCUGAGCACGCCGACGAAAUGAAUCCCUGUGUGCUGCCCACCCCAUUGCCCGAUCUGGAUGGCGACAAGCGUUGGCACAGCAUACACCGGCGGUUCAUCUCCGAUUGCCGCGAAAAGGAUCCGGAUGUGAUAUUCCUCGGCGACUGCAUCUUCGAGACCGUCCAGGACACGGAGGCCUGGAAUCAGUACUUUGCGCCGCUGCACUGCCUUAACUUCAGCAUUCGCGACGACUGCACCGAGCACGUACUGUGGCGCAUCGAAAACGGUGCGCUGGACAAUGUGAAUCCCAAAAUCGUCGUCCUCCAUGUGGGCACCAAUAACGUGCGUAACAGCGCGGAGGAAGUGGCCGAGGGUGUGCUCGCGAACGUAACGAAAAUCCGUCAAAAGCUGCCCAACGCCUACAUCGUUUUGCCCUCGCUACUGCCGCGUGGCCAGCAGCCCAAUAAGUUGCGCGAAAAGAAUGCCCAAAUCAACGAGGUGGUCAAUGGAUUGACCAAGGGCUUGUAUCGCGUCCAGACGGUGGCCAUUGACAAGGGUUUGGUCCAGAGCGACGGCAGCAUCAGUCAUCACGAUAUGUUCGACUAUAAGAAUCUGACCAAUGCUGGAGCGAAAAAGAUAUUAGAACCACUCUACGAUCUGCUUUCUCAAAUUCUCAACGAAAACGAACCUGAAAACGAUCUCACACCCUCCGAAUAAAAGGAACAUCCAGCAGCUAUCCAUUAUAUAUACAUACAUACACACAUACAUAUACCACAAACAAUUCCCAGAAUAUAACUUAAAACAAGAAAUGUAUUUUUUGAAAUCUCAAAAGCAAUAGAGCUGCGAGACUAACUCACAAUUAAGCAUACAUUUUUCGUAUCGAAUAGUAAACCAUCGCAUAUACCAUUGCAUAA